GAAGGCGCUGGAAUUGCUAUUAUUUUUUCAAAAGCACCAUUUGAUGACUUAAGAGAAUGUCAAACGCGCUCUUCACUGACUCCUCUUGAUCGCAGUGGUAUUCGUCUAUUUGAUUUGGUUGAUUGUCCUCCAAGAUCAAGUAGAAAGCGGAUCAACUAUACAAAAAGAGUCAAGCGGGAAGUUACAAAGUUAGAAACUCUUUCUACUUCUCAACCUUCAAAUCUGAAAUCUUGUGACGAUUUAUUCGACCACCUUGAAUUCGACCCAAAACCAAGCCACCAAGCGCAGCGGUUUAAAAGUUCCAGAAAAGCCGCGAAGAAAGCUGCUAGAAGAUUGCAUUAUGAAAUACAGAAGACCCAUAAUGAAGCACUUGUUUCUGAUGAAGUUAUGAUGCCCAAAAAUGUGUAA